AUGACUGAGGAAGAUUGUUUAAUAUCGAAAUUUAAAUCUAUCAAUCUACUCGAUCUGAGUCAGAUCGAUUUAGAUCUGAUAGACGACAUCGUCAUACAGAAUUCCAUCACUUUGAAUAAUAAUGAAUCAAUUCAUUUAGAUAAUUUGAAAAAUUUAACCAUCGAAAUAAACACAUUGAUUUCUAAUCUAAAUGAUUUAUCUUAUUCCAAUAAAAAAUAUGAUUUUGCUAUAUCUCAAUUAGAAAUUUUGAAAAAUUACCAUCAUUGUAUAUAUUCAAAUAUUUUAAAAGAUCUCAAUAGUGCAAGAGAUUACAUCAUUUUAACUACUGGCAACGGUUCUAACUUAUCCUUACUACUAAACGAUUCUAUUACUUUACUAUUGGAAUUUUGGAAAAUUCUAACUAAAAAAAUUAACUAUUUGAAUCUGAUAAUCAUAAGUUAUUUCAUCUACUAUAAGUUAUUGAUCAUAAAUUAUGAAUUGACUCAAUUGAAUAAUCACAUUUUAUCGAUUUUGAAUCUACCCAAUUUUGAUAACUUCGAUAACGUCUAUUCUAGUCUACAAAAAAUUUUAAACUUAUUGAAUUCAUUUAAAGUAUUGACAAAUGAUCUAAUAGAAAAUUUAAUUACUUAUCUAUUCGAAACAAAUUUCAACAAAAUAAAUGAAACUUUAUCCGAGACAUUAUCAUCAUUCAUAAAUUUAAAUGAUCUUUACAAUUUGUCGAAUUUCAACCUAUUACUAUUAGAAAUUCAAUCAAUUACCGAUGUAGAUUCAAAAUCUUCUUCUUCAACUGAAAAUCACAAUGGAGAUGAAUCUGAAAUGGAUCAUUCCUUACAAUUGAUAUCUUCAAUGCAAUCAUCAACACCAACUACAAGUGUUUACGACGACCAUCUAUUCGAUUCGUCACUAAGAAGAUUAUCUAUUUCGGAAUUUACUGACGUUUCUUCAUUGCCUCCUACUAACUUAGGAAGAACCACAUUACAAAGAGAAUUACCAAAUUUAUUAGCUGCAUUCAAUGUAACUAAAAGAUUGGAGAAUGAAUUGGAAAACGUACUAAAUGCAAAGGCAAAUGUGGAUUCAAAUUCAAAUUCAAAUACAAGUUCAAGUUCAAGUCCACAACCUGAAAAUUUAAAUCCAAAUGCAACUGGAAGAAUCCCCAUGGGUGCUUUAAGUCCAUUGUUCAAUCAAUCAAUGUUUAACCAAUAUUCAAAUAUGAAUAAAAGACAUAAUCAAAUUUACAAUAAUUCAAUGAAAUUGAAGAAAACAACUUUGAAUCUCCCAAAAGAUGAUUAA